ACCAGUUAACUCCUCCUCCUCUGGAUACAUUUUCCGCUUACUCGUUUGUGUCCAACCCGCUAAACGGACAUCUACGUUGCACUUUUAGUUUGUUUUCCAUCUUACUUGGUCAUGAAUGAACCAGCUCUGAUGCCAGUAUGAAGACAGUUACGCUCGUGUAUUGUAAUUGGUAUCAAAAUGUUGUGAGUUUAUUCUAGCAAACAGCCUUACUCUGUCAGACGCGCGCCAGUCUGCUUUUACGCACAAAGAUGAGUUCGGAGAAGCCAAACUUUCUCUCACAGCCUGUGGUGAAGAACAUCUUCAUGUACCGGAACGGUGAUCCAUACUAUGAGGCUCGCCGGAUAGUGAUAAACGAAAAAAGGGUGUGUAACUUUGAGACUUUGCUACGAGAAGUGACCGGCGGGGUCCAAGCUCCGUUUGGAGCGGUGAGGAACAUCUACACACCGAGAGGGGGUCACAAAGUGGACUCAUUGGAGAGGCUGCAGAGCGGGGAGCAAUAUGUGGCUGCUGGGAAGGAAAGAUUCAAAAAGCUGGAUUAUUUACAGAUUGGCUCCAGAAAGAAGAGGAUGAUGCAGACUUCAAUGCAGGCCAGGCCUGUUCCACAGAAUAGAAUCAUUGUGUCGGCUCGGUUCCUGAAACCCAUCAAGGAACCAUGCACGAUAUUCGUGGUAGCAAAUGGUGAUACCCUGAACCCUGCAAUAAGGCUCCUGAUCCACCAGAAGAUGCUGGGACAGUUUGAGAGAAUACUAGAAAUGAUCACAGAGAAGAUGGGUUUGAGAGUUCUGGGAGGUGUGCGAAGUCUCUACACCUAUGAAGGCCAGCAGGUGACUGAAGGGAAUCUUUUGGAGAGUGGUCAGCUUUAUGUGGCUGUGGGAAGAGAAAGAUUCAAGAAGCUUCCUUAUACUGACCUUCUCUUCACCAGGCCCAGAGGAACCCGCAGGGUCACAGGAAUGAAGGCCUAUUCCUUACCACCACUCUACGGAUACGCAAAGCGAAGUGAAAAUAAUAAGUCCACAGCACAGUGCAGUGAUAGCAGAGAUGGAGACUCCAAAGACUCUCCUCCAAACCACAGUGGCAACAGCAAGGAAAACCUGUCUUCAAUUGUAAGAGAGAUCUCUCAAGCCAGACUCCUCACCUUCAGAAAGAGGAAGAGUGGCCAAACCUUCUUGCAUGGAACAUCUGAUAAUGAUGAUCCGGUAUCAAAGCCAGAUGAUGGAAACACAAAUGGCGAAAGCCCUCAAGAACAGAAAGCUGAAGAGAAACCCGAUGCUAACGCCGAUCUAAAAGCUACAGAGAAGGAUGAGGAGGCUGAUCAGAAAGAGGAAUCUGCAUCUAAAAACACCACAGAGGAAGAUGCAACCACUAACAAAGAAGACAGCCCUCAAGAACAGAAAUCUGAAGAGAAACCCGAUGCUAACGCCGAUCUAAAAGCUACAGAGAAGGAUGAGGAGGCUGAUCAGAAAGAGGAAUCUGCAUCUAAAAGCACCACAGAGGAAGAUGCAACCACUAACAAAGAAGACAGCCCUCAAGAACAGAAAUCUGAAGAGAAACCCGAUUCUAACGCCGAUCUAAAAGCUACAGAGAAGGAUGAGGAGGCUGAUCAGAAAGAGGAAUCUGCAUCUAAAAGCACCACAGAGGAAGAUGCAACCACUAACAAAGAAGACAGCCCUCAAGAACAGAAAUCUGAAGAGAAACCCGAUGCUGACGCCGAUCUAAAAGCUACAGAGAAGGAUGAGGAGGCUGAUCAGAAAGAGGAAUCUGCAUCUAAAAGCACCACAGAGGAAGAUGCAACCACUAACAAAGAAGACAGCCCUCAAGAACAGAAAUCUGAAGAGAAACCCGAUGCUAACGCCGAUCUAAAAGCUACAGAGAAGGAUGAGGAGGCUGAUCAGAAAGAGGAAUCUGCAUCUAAAAGCACCACAGAGGAAGAUGCAACCACUAACAAAGAAGACAGCCCUCAAGAACAGAAAUCUGAAGAGAAACCCGAUGCUAACGCCGAUCUAAAAGCUACAGUGAAGGAUGAGGAGGCUGAUCAGAAAGAGGAAUCUGCAUCUAAAAACACCACAGAGGAAGAUGCAACCACUAACAAAGAAGACAAGGAGGAAGACCAAAAGAUAAACAGUGAAAAAGAAGAAGAAAAUAAAGAAGCUGAUGAGCAAAAUGAUGAAAAAAUAGAAGAAGCAGUGACAAAGGAGGAAAAAGUGAAGGAAGUUAAAGAGGAUGUGAAGGAGGACGUAAUGGAGGAAAGUAAGAAUGAGGUUAAGAGUGAGACACAGGGAAACAACAGUGCUAACAGUGAUAAGACUCAGGACAAUGAAGAGAAAGGGGAUGGAAGCCAUUUAUCUUCUGAGGCUGAGAUGGAACCAGACAAAGAUAAAGAUGAAGAUGAAGACAGUGGUAACAAAGAGAAAAGCAGUAAUGACCACAUUAAUGAUGUAGACACUGGGGAGGAACAAAAAGAGACAGAAAACAGCAGCCCCGACAAGACUCAGUCAGAUAACGAGACCACAGAAAGUAAAAAAAGUGGAAGUAGCAAUAGCAACAGUAACCAGGAGGAAGAUGGAAGUAAAAUAACAGAGGAAAUGAGCAAGGAGUCAGGAGAAGACAGCAAGGUGAAUGGAGAGGUAAGAGGAGAUGAUGAUCAGGUAGAAAGCAAAGCCGGAGAAGAAGGAGUCAGAUAGUUGCAAUGAUGCCACAGCCAAUGGAGAAACAGGGAAUGAUGCUGAUGAAGAGAGUCAAGACAAAAGCAGAAAAGAGGAUUAGGAAAUAAAGAAAAAUAUAUAAAAGUUACUACAUGAUACUGUGAAUAUAAAGCAAUACAGUAAAACAUAAAUGACAGUGGCAGGGCAGGGUCAGAGAAAACCAAACUUUAAUGUGAGAUGUUUUCUAUAAGGUCUUUUAGAAGUUGCAUGACAUAAAGCAAAUUAAUAAUGAUGUUUAGCAGAUAAAUGGCAGACAGGUAAGUGAUAUUAAGAACAGAAAUUGUUUUCUGAGCAGACUAAAGUUAUAAUCUCUAAUAAUAUAUACUUAUUUUUGCAUUGAAGCAUACUGCUAUCUUCUGAGCUGCUUAAUGUUUAAAUAAAAGCUGUCUGUGAACACUGUGGUGAAUGAAGCUGAGAAAUAAGACAUAGUUCCAAUUUGAAGUGAAUGCUUUAAUCAAGAUGAUGCCUGUGUAUGGCAUGUUUGUGCAUAUUCAUAUGAAGUGGUACAAAUUACCUUUUUGAGUAAGCAUAAUGAGUUAAAUUAAUCUUUAUCUGUUUGGAAGCUAAGCGAACACAGUGAACAUGGUUUACAGUCUUGUUUUAUUAUAAGAGUCUUCUUGAUGCA